UUUUCUUCUAAAAACUUAGCUACCUUACCGUGAGGAAAAUGAGAAUGGCAGUGUUUGGGUAGUGACACGAACAGCGAAGAAAGCUUCCUCUGCUACUCGAUCUAAAACACCGUCGUAAAUUUCCGACCAAAUGGACCCUCAAAAUGUUUCCAGAACACACACUUUCCUUAAAAGUUUGGGCAUGUACAAACCCAUUCCUCAGAGUUGUGAAACCAGCGGCUUCUACUCCCACUUCUUUGGAAGCUUCAUCAGAGUCAACGACAUCAAAAGGGGACGAAUUUCUUGCACUAUUGCUGUCAAACCCUCAAUCUCUAAUUAUUUUGGAACACUGCAUGGAGGGUCUGUUGGGUCUUUGAUUGAGUUGAUGUCUAUUGCGUGUGCUAGAACUGUUGUUGCCGAGGACAAGGAACUUUUUCUUGGGGAAAUGAAUGUGUCUUACCUAUCUGGAGCUCCAACAAAUACAGAAGUUCUAGCUGAAGCCUCUGUGGUGAAGAGUGGAAGAAAUGUGACUAUGGUUUCAUUAGAGUUUAAGCUGAAGAAUACUGGGAAUUUGAUUUAUAUUGCUCAUACCACCUUCUAUAACAUUACGGUUGCCAAGUUAUGAACAUAUAGCUUUCUUGUCAUUAUAUUGCUCAUUUGGAUUCAUAAACAUUCUCAUUCCAGAGAGUAGCUCAAGUGUGCAAAUUAUGUUAAGAUCAAUGUCGUCUCCUUUAUGUUGAUAAUUUCAAGUGUAUAUCAUCAAUUGAGUAACUCAAUAGGUAUCACAUAGCUGGCAAUACAUGUCGAGCUUGAUGAAGAUUUGCUUUGA